AAAAGUAAUUGUAAUAAAAAAAUAAAAAGUAAUACGUCGAUAAAUGUGACAAUAGUUAUAGUACAGUAGUAGGCAUAUGUGGACAACAAAUCAUGUAAAAAACAUAGACUUAAAAGUCUUGAAAAGUUUUGCAUAUUUGAAAAGGUGUGUUAUUGUUAAAUUGUAAGAUUAUUGUACCCAAAGCAUGAUAAGAAAAGUAAAACGUAAAUGACCCUGUUGGCUUCCCAUACUUCCCGAAAGGUUUCAAGUUCACGCGCUCUCCAUGCGCGAGAAGUGUACUGUAGUCGUCUUCAGGACACCUUUGAAGCCAAAAGUCAAUGCGAUAUUCUUCCAUCGUUAACUUGCAGCAGAGCAUGAAGGCGCUAACAUUUGGGCUAACUCUUGUUCGACAUGGGGAGACACAGUACAACAAAGAAGGCCUGCUACAAGGUCAGCUCAUCGACGCCCCCCUGUCAGAGAGCGGGCUGCAGCAGGCCGAGGCCGCAGGCUGCUACCUGAAACACGUCCUGUUCAGCAACGUGUUCGUCAGUGACAUGUUGCGGGCCCGCCAGACUGCUGAAACAAUUAUGAAACACAACACCAGUUGUCUUGGUCUGCAGGCUGUGUGGGACCCUUUACUUAAAGAGAAAAGCUUUGGGACAGCGGAAGGGGGGCGGGUGCAGGACCUGAGAGAGAUGGCCAAGGCAGCCGGGCAGACCUUCCUAGACUUCACCCCUCCAGAGGGGGAGACUCAGGAGCAGGUGAAGGAGCGGGUCAAAGAGUUUGUGGAGAAAAUGCUCCAGAAAAUUGGGGCCGAACACUGGCAAGACAGAGGGGUGGAGGAAACAAGCCCACCUGUUCCAGCAGAAACAAGUCCUGUGGAGGGGACGGCAGACGACGGGGUGAGGGGGGUCCCGGUCCACGCUCUGGUGGUCACACACGGGGCCCUCAUGUGUGUGGCCCUGCGCUUCUUUGUGGACGAGCUACAUUGCUCCGUGCCUCCGGGUUCUAGCAAAGAACAUGUGUUCUCAUUGAGUCCGAACACAGGUCUGUGUCGGUUCAUAAUCACUGUGAGAAAGGAGGAUCACACGUUCAAACUGUCAGGGAUCCGCUGUGUGUUCGUCCACCGAGGGGACCAUGUGCAGCAGUAGGAGCUGGAGGUGUUACAGAAAGGAAUAUGAGGAUAAGAGGAAAGUGAGACACACAAUGUGGAGAAAGCUCCAGGGACUCAACACAAACCUCAGAAGUGAUUCGUCGUUGUUCAAUAAAAGCAUGUUUUGACAAGUUAAAUAUCAAAGAAAAAGAGGUCAAGUAUUUAGGUGCCGUUUAUUUUGAAGGCUGUCUUUAUCGAUAAUUGUUUCCUCCAUUCAAGUUAUUCGACUUCUGUUUUUGGAGUUAAUCACAACAUCAGAUAUUAAGGAGUGAUACCAAUACCAGUUAAAUUCCAUGAUACGCAAUACCAAAUUCAAUACAAGGAUGAAGGAAAUCAUAACAAUAAAUCCCAUGUUCUGUACUUCAACGUUUUGCAUAUUUAUUUUGUUACGAAGUUGAAAAGAUAUCCAUUUUAAGUUGCUGAAAAAGUGAAUCCUUUCAACAAAUGUAUUUGUUUCUCAUAGCAAAAAUAUAACUGAAAAGAACAUGAACUCUUCAUAAUGUAAUUCAUGGAACCUUACUUGUUUAACCUGCUGCUAACGUCAACUUGUUUAAAAUGUAGCAUUAUCGAUAUAAAAAAGAACGCCGGGGGAAGAUCUGUUUGUUUGUUUGUCUGUUUGUUUGUUUGUUUGUUUGUUUGUAGCCUUUAUUUAACCAGGUGAAAAUCCCAUUGAGAUCAACGAUCUCUUUUUCAAGGGAGACCUGCAGCACGUUGGUUACACAUAAAAACAACAGAAAACAAAAAGGACAUCAAUGCAACAUAAUUACAGGGGUAUACAUUAGCAACCUAUUCACAAUGACAGAUAUCUAAUAACAUUUCAUCUAUCCGAGCUCUAAAAUGAUGCAAGGAUGCAAUCUCUGUAUCUAGAGACACAUACUAUGAAACCCAGCCUGGAGUGGGGGAGUUUAAUAGUUUGAAAUCUUUAAAGCCAAUACUAAUCAGACAAAUAACGCCUUGAUCAGCUUCAAUGCGAUUCUUUGAGAACGAAUCAGGACAAUCCCUAUUCUUAAAAUCUCAAAAAAUCUAAAUAUAAUUUAGAAUGCUUAAAUAAUUAUUCAGAAAUCCAGUUUAAAAUCUACAAGACAUGGAUCAAAUAUGAAAUGAACACAUGUUGCCAGA